AUGCGUUUGUUCCCCACAGACGCGUUUUCAAACGGCAGUCAUGCGCCAACGUUUUGGCGCUUCAAGAGAUCACUUCGUCCUUCGGAUUGGACGGCGUAUACUCGCUACUCGACCUUGGUCCGUCACCUCGCGUUUCGUGAGGGACGCGACGUCGUGGCUUCAGCCCUCAUCGCGCUUGUGGUUCAACGUCCCGCUCACUUUCAACGAAACCCACUUCUCCCAAACCUUGUUUCACUAAAAUGGACAGCGUCGGUCGAUACCUCGCUGACGCUCUGUGCCAUCUUGGUACCCCCGGGACUUGGCAGUCUCACCAUCAAUCUCGUCGGUGCAGAGACAUAUUCUGCCGAACGUAAUGACACGACUGGUGGUCUACUUUGCACCAUUGCCGAUCUCGCUCCAAACUUGAAGGAGCUCCAUCUUAACAUUGACAAACUGUGGGCAGUCAGUGACGUUGUGAUCCCAAUCAAGUCUCUCUGCAAGUUGGAGACCUUAACGCUCGACGUCGGUUCAAUUGGCGCAUACAUUGUUCGAGGCCUAUGUCAGCAUCCGACCAUCCGCAAGUUUGUGAUUGAUCUAUGCGGUGUAGAGGAGUCAUUCCUCACACAUUUGCUCGCCCAUCGAGCCCAAGCAGGAGAAUUCCCCGCGCUCGAGGAGAUGAUCCUCCUUGCAGAUAUCAACAUCGUCAACACGACGCUCUCUAAUCUCAUUAGAGCUCCACUUACUCGACUCGCCAUCUCGACGUUUACGCUCGCCCACACCGAUUCGCUUGCCCAUUGCUUCAUGCACAUUGCCGAAAAUAGUCCCAAUUUAACUUCACUCACACUUAUAACAUCACUACUAGAUUCGACUCUGCAUCAGCCAUUAAAACUUGCUCAUCUUUCCCCCCUCGCCGCUUUACGCGACCUCGCAGUUCUUUCCAUCGAACUAGGGUUCCCUAUCCAACUCGACGAUGCAGGGCUCAUUUCUUUUAUACAAGGGCUUCCUUGUUUGACAUCUCUUGUCCUAAGCCCUGCUCCGGAAUGGGCACCCGCAGGCUGGCGACCAAGGACCACGAUGCGAUCCCUCGAGUGGAUAUCCCAGUAUGCCCCGCAAAUCACCAACCUUGGCGUCGCACUCGACUUGUCCAUCGAGUCCACGGUCGAGGUCCCUGUCGAAACUCCCAGACAAGAGAACACAUUGUCAAUGACGCCUCCAUAUUAUGAAUGCGAAAAUAAACAGCACCAGCCUCUUGCUGACUGUGCUUCCGUAGAGAAGCGGAUGCAACCAGCCGAGUCGCAGCUUCGGACACUGUUUGUCGGCGCGUCCUAUCCUCGCCUCGGCAAGCCAAAGGAAGUCAGUGCCAAGCUUAAAGCACUCUUUCCGCUACUAGAUACGCUUCGCUAUUCAAACGCACCGCGCAAAUACUCGGGUACUGGCUCUGUCUGGAGCCCUCAAUUCGAGGCAGAGUGGGCCAGCGUCGCAGCAGACGUGUGUGGAGAAAUACCAAGCGAUUACAAGCGCAAAGCAGAGGAAGAAGAUGAUAUAGAGUAUUGGGAUGGCAUGGAGGUCGACAUGGACAUGAUGGAUGCUGGGGUCGAAGCAGACGAGUAUGAAUGGCGACUCGCAGAGGGAAUCGCGGCAUAA